AUGUCUUCCAUGCGCAACGCCGUUCAACGGCGCCCCCAUCGCGAGCGUGCGCAGCCCCUCGAGCGCCGUCGCCUCGGUCUCCUCGAGAAGCACAAGGACUACUCCAAGCGUGCGAAAGACUACAACGAGAAGAAGAAGCAACUCAAAAACCUCCGCCAAAAAGCUUCCGAGCGCAACGAAGAUGAAUUCUACUUUGGCAUGCUGUCGCGCCAGGGACCUGGACUACGGCUGAAAGAGGGCAAGAAAUGGACGGGAAACGUCAAGGGCGACCGCGGAAACAAAACGUUGGAUCAGGAGACUGUGCGAAGCCUCAAGACCCAAGACCUGGCGUACGUGCGCACAAUGAGAAACGUGGCCGCCAAGGAGGUGAAACGUUUAGAGGAGCAGCUUGUUCUCUCGCGAGGGUACGGUCGAUAUGACGAAGACGACGAAAAGGAGGGCGCGGAUGACGACGACGACAGCGAGUUUGACUUUGGUCCACCCGAGAAGAAGGCGCGCAAAAUCGUUUUUUUCGACAACGAGGAGGAGAUGGAGGAAGCAGUCGACCAGGCGGCUGAAGAUGAAGAUCUGGAAUUGGAAGACGACGACGACAAGUCUAGAGAGGGAAAGAAGGCGGAAGAGGAGGCGCAAAGAGCAGAUGCGCUGUGGCGACUGAAACGGAGAUUGGCGAGCACGAAGAAGAAGCUGGAGAUUCUGGAGCAGGCGGAGCAGGAACUUGACGAGACGCGGGCCAAGAUGGCGAAGACCGCUACGUCGGGCGGGACUACCAGGCGGGGCCAGAAACUCAAGGUGCGCGCCAGGAAGAGGUAG